AUGAUACCCGAGGUACCACUGAUUGGACAACAUUUGCAGAGCUCGAAACAAGAAGAGAAUGUGAAUUCCAACAUGCAAAUCGAGAGUCAAGAUCGAAAGCUUGAGGCAGAGAGUGAUGAUCCGGUGGCUCAGCCAGGGGAUGAGGAUCAUGAGGAUGACAUGCAUGAGAAAGUUAAAGAUGUAGUGGAUCAUGGUGGUAGUGAGAUUGAGAAGGGUAGUGGGUUGAAGUUUAAAGAAGAUAUUACUGAUUGUGAGGCUGCAUCAGGUGAUGUAGUUAAUGAAAGUGACAUGUUGGAGGAAGAUAAACCUGUGGUAACCAAGGUACCACCGGUUGUAGAACAUUUGCAGAGCUCAAAACAAGAAGAAAAUGUGAAUUCUAACACCGCCGAAAUGGAGUGUCAAGAUGGAAAGCCACAAGUGGUGACUGAGGUACCACUGAUUGAGGAACAUUUGCAGAGCUCGAAACCAGAAGAAAAUGUGAAUUCUAACAACCAAAUGGAGUGUCAAGAUGGAAAGUCCCAAGUGGAAAAUGAGUGUCUAAAGGUAGAGAAUGGGGAUGACAUGCAUGACUCUUCUUCUUUGAACAAUCAGGGACCUGAGAUCAACCCUGUUUCAGGGUUUCAAGUAAAGUCUGAUUCUAUUUCUAAUGACUCUAUGUCCAUUAAUGAAACUAUCGAACUACAGGAUAAUAUAAUUGAUGAAAAUGUCAAACUAAGCCAAGAUGAUAAACUGGAGAUGGUCGAACCAUGUUCAUCCAGCAAUGUUGUCCCAAAUAAUGACGAAUCACAGCCAAAGGAUGAUGAUGGACAGCCACUUAGGAACAUGGCAUCUGUUGAUGAGACAGAUGAAAAUAAUGAUACAACUACAGACAUGAACUAUAAAGAUGACAGCGAAGAGAUGGGGUCCUCGGAAAAAUUAAAUUUGGAUAGAAGUUCUAGUGAUGACUCUAUGGAGUAUUUGCCUGAAACCAUGCAAAUAGAAGAAGACAGUGUGGAAAAUGAAGCACUUAUUAUCAAGGAGCUAGAAAAUCAUAUUCUUGUUGCAGGAGAUGGUUCAUCAAAUGAAAAAAAGGACAUCUUUGAUGAGAAUAAGAGCCAUUCCUCAUUUCCUUCUGCAAAAAGAAAGCUUCAAGAUGAAGAAGCUAUUGAGAAUAACGAGCCUCCAAAAAGGCACAAAUGCAACUCUGAUUCUUUACAAGUUUCAGAGCUGCAAGCCACUAAUCUUACACCAACUCAAUCCAACUUAUCUUCAUCAGACUCCGCAGAUAGUGAAGAUACGCCCACGCCCAAGGAACAAGAUGUUCCACCUUCAAAAAAGCCUCCGACCACUUCCCUCAGAGUUGAUAAUUUCAUUCGUCCUUUUACCUUGAAAGCUGUGGAACAACUUUUAGGCAAAACUGGGACUGUUACAAGCUUCUGGAUGGACCACAUUAAGACUCAUUGUUAUGUUACUUAUUCAUCUGUGGAAGAAGCAAUCGAGACACGUAAUGCCCUUUAUAACCUGCGGUGGCCAACCAAUGGUGGACGUCUAUUGGUGGCUGAAUUUGUGGAUCCUCAUGAAGUUAAAGCACUCACUUCUCAGCCCCAACCCUCAGCUCAUCAACAUAUUUCGCCGUCUUCGGCAAAACUGCUUCUAGUUCCACCUCCGUCACCGCCUUCAGAGGGACCGGAUUCUCCUAUGGUCACACUAGAUGACCUGUUUUGGAAAACCAAAGCAACUCCUAAGAUCUACUAUUUGCCUCUUUCGGAAGAACAAGUUGCUGCAAAGCAAGCCACACGUGAGAGAAACAACUGGUGA